AUGAACAAAGUCCCGCUUCAAGUUCCAGUUCUAGCAAAUGAUGAUUUUGAACCUUUUUGCGAUAUGAAGGUCGUUAAGACUCUUGCAUAUCUAGAGAACGUCGUAGACUCUGUUUUUUCCACGAUUUCUAAUAGAAUCAAAGAAGAGCAGAACCGCGUUUCAAAUCUGAGUUCUAGAAUUGCUAAUGCUCAAGAGGCCAUGGUUCGUCUCAACGAUCCCUCUAAAGUCGUCACUGUUUUCACACCAUUGAAGUUCUGCUGCGGUGAUGAGCCACCAGCAUAUCAUCCAAUUUCACAAUUCAUUCAGCCAAAGCAACCAGAAUACGUUACAGGAAAGUCUGUUGUUGUCACAGAAGCUCUUACAAACACAGUUUAUGGCGAAGAUCAGAACUUCAUCUUCAAAGCCGAGCCAAUUGUUCAGAGAGAUCAACUUCGCAGUGCUGGACUCGGCAGAUCACCAGAAUAUAUCAACUCAACAUCUUCUCUUCUUCUUUUCCACACAAACGAAAAUCCUUACAGAGAUACGAUUGGCAUUGAUAACCUCGAAGGCAAGAUAUCCAAUUUCGAAGAAGAAAAAGUCGUUCGUUCCAUUCCAAAUGCUCCAGAUUCGAUCAAUACGAUUUCCUUCUUGCCAGAAAUCGAUACUGGUGGAUUUGCAUUCCUUCCAAACAUCGACAAUAUCCCUACCUUCGAUCUUCCUACAAACCUGCCAAAUCUUGGAAACAUUGCCGAUCUUGGCAUUAAUCUCGAUACAAGCGCAUUUGACUUCUCGCCAUCAGACUUUAUGAUGACAGGAGGUUCAGGAUUUACAGCUGGCGGUGCUCCACCUGACGGAUCAGCUCCACCACCACCUCCAUCAGAUGGAAGCCUUCCUCCACCUCCUCCGCCUCCUCCAGGUGCUCCAGGAGGAGGAGCUCCACCGCCUCCACCACCUCCGCCACCUGCAGCAGCUGGAGGAGCAGGAGUUCCGCCACCUCCUCCACCUCCGCCUCCGCCAGCCAAUUUGCCACCUCUGCCAAGCCCAGAUAUCAAGUUGUCUUCUGCAGAACAGGACGUUAGGUCUACAUUCCUUGAUCUUAUCAAGAGUCCGAAUAUCAAACUGAAGAAAGUCAACAGAGAUGAACCGCCUAAGCCUGCAAAGCCAGCGGCAACAUCUACAGGCGACGACUUCAGAGAUCAGCUGUUCGCAAGAAUCGCAGCAAGAAGAAUGGUUAUGGCCGGACAAGAUGUUCCAGCAAGACAAGUUCAAAAAGAAGAAAAGAAGGCAGAUGAACCAGCCGCUCAACCAGGAAAUACAAUUUCUACUCCAAUGGGUGAAUUCCAAGUUAAGGCUCAAUCUUCUGAUGAUGAAACAGACUCCUCGUCAUCUUCAGAUUGGGAUAACUAA